AUGCUCCCUGAGCGCAACCAGUCCUUUCGCCGACAUGGCAAGCAAUCCUCAGUCGCGUCCACCACCGCGUCUGAAAAGCGCGCUAGUGUGCAGCAGGUCCGGCGAUCUGUUGUAGACGCGUCACAGCUCGGUACGCCAAUAUUACCGCGUCACUCAGUCCUCGGCCACCGGCGCAUCGAGUCGAAGGAGAUUCUGCUGACAGACCUGGAGUUUUGGACAGCCUUGGUCUCUGACUAUACAACAACGGCGAAUAGGCUGCCAACGCUGACCACGACAAAGAUCCGUGCUGGUAUCCCGCAUCCAUUGCGCGGCUUGGUCUGGCAGAGUAUCGCCGGUGCGCGCGACACACAUCUCGAGGGCCUCUAUGCUCAACUCUCUCGCGAAAGCUCUCCCUACGAAAAGGUCAUUGGACGCGAUCUAGCGCGUACCUUUCCAGAUGUCGACAUGUUUCGCCAUGAAGAUGGUGAUGGGCAAUUGGAUCUUGGCAAGGUACUCAGGGCCUUCAGCUUAUAUGACAACGAAGUUGGUUACUGUCAGGGGUUGGGCUUCAUCGUUGCGCCCUUAUUGAUGAACAUGUCGCAUGGAGAAGCCUUUUGCGUGCUCGUGCGUCUCAUGGAGGCAUAUGAGAUGCGACUGAUGUACACACCAACGCUUGCAGGACUCAAGCUUCGUCUCUGGCAAUUCGAAAAGCUGAUUGAAGAGACCGUUCCUCUCCUUGCAACCCACCUCAAUGCACUCGAGAUUUACCCGGCCAUGUAUGCUUCACAAUGGUUUCUCUCGCUCUUUGCCGUCACUUGCCCAUUGCAGACGCUGCAUCGCGUGUACGACGUUUUUCUGUCAGAAGGCCCAGAGACCAUGAUGCGCGUUGGUAUUGCACUUCUCGUCAAGAACCAAGACGCCAUUUUGUCGCUCGAUAUGGAAGAAGUGCUAUCUAUGCUCCUUGGCAAAAGCCUCUGGCAGGCUUACGAAGACGACGACAGUCUCAUUGCAGAUGUGCAGGCACUCGCACCCCGGAUAGAUGCAGACACGCUCGUAGAG